GCAUUUCAAAGUAAGACUAACUUGCUGGGCUGAUAAGAAGCAUCAAGCACCGAAGAAUAGGCAUGGGGAUACUCUAUUCAGAGCCCAUUUGCCAGGCAGCUUAUAAUAAUGAUUUCAAUGAAGUUCAGCUCCUUUUGGAGAAAAACAGCAACUAUCUGAACAUCCAGGACAGAUUUGAUGGAGAUACGCCCUUGAUUUGUGCAUGCAAACGGGGCAACAGCAGAAUAGUUAGCUAUCUUCUACAAAGAAAUGCUGAUGUCAACCUCAGAAACAAGAAGGAGCGCACUUGCCUGCAUUAUGCUGUGAGAAAACGGUUUAGUUUCCUUGACUAUGUGCUCAUCGUCAUCCUCAUGCCGGUUAUGCUUAUUGGAUAUCUUCUCAUGAUCUCAAAAACUAAGCAGAAUGAAAACCUAAUUAAGAUGUUGCUGAGGGCGGGUGCUGACGUUAAUGCUGCAGAUUUCUCUGGUAGCACAGCCCUUCACUAUGCUUGUGAAAUGAAAAACCUGGCAGUUGUUUCUUUAUUGCUUGAAGCUCACGCAGACCCUUCUGUUAAGAAUCAGGAGGGGGAGACUCCCCUGGAUAUAGCGAGAAGAUUACAGUUCAGCAACAUUGAAAGCAUGCUGAAGAAAACUUCUUAG